GUGUGGUCCUCGUACAGUAGACGCGCUGCCUUACCACUCCAUCACGGCGCAUCAUUAGAAUAGCGGGGGAGUCGCCCUCUCGGAUGACAGUCCCGGCUAGGGGAGGGUACGGAAGGCGGGACCAGAUCCGUGUCCGUUCCUCGGCGCUGGCGAGUCUGGGACUAGGGCUAAAGAGAUCGCCGGGGAGCAUCGUCACCACUCCAGCACGGAGCCUCGCCUGGCCAAACGCUGCGCCGUGCACUCGUCCGGAUUGCACAACAUUCCUGAGACAUAUACCUGCUAUUUAUGGCAUGUGGGUGGUAACUUUAUUCCUGCUGUAUUCUUUACAAGAAGUGAACAGUGAGGAUGUGGUCUCGACGCGGCUGUACUUUGUGAACGCCUCCCUUCAGCGGGUGACCUUCUCCAGCUCCGUGGGGGUGUCCCUGCCCUGCCCAGCGGGCGGUGCCCCCCACGCCGUCCUGCGCUGGUACCUGGCCACCGGCGACGACAUCUACGACGUGCCCCACAUCCGCCACGUGCACGCCAACGGCACCCUCCAGCUCUACCCCUUCUCACCCUCCGCCUUCAACAGCUACAUCCACGACAACGACUACUUCUGCACGGCGGAGAACCAGGCCGGCAAGAUCCGCAGCCCGAGCAUCCGGGUCAAAGCAGUGUUCAGGGAGCCCUACACGGUGCGCGUGGCGGACCAGCGCUCCAUGCGGGGCAACGUGGCCGUGUUCAAGUGCCUCAUCCCGCCUGCCGUCCAGGAGUACGUCAGCGUUGUGUCUUGGGAUAAAGACACUGUGUCCAUCAUUCCAGGCAAUCGUUUCUUCCUGACGUCGUUCGGGGCCCUGUACAUCUCGGAGGUCCAGAAGGAGGACGCCCUCUCUACCUAUCGCUGCAUCACCAAGCACAAGUACAGCGGGGAGACGCGGCAGAGCAACGGAGCCCGGCUCUCCGUCACGGACCCCACGGAGUCCAUCCCCUCGGUGUUGGAUAGCUUCCAGUCGGGGGAGGUGCAGGUGGGGCAUGACGUGGAGCUGCCCUGCAUCGCCUCCGGGUACCCGAACCCCACCAUCCGCUGGCUGAAGGAUGGACGCCCGCUGCCCGGCGACUCCCGCUGGACGCGUCGUCUCACGGGCCUGACGGUCAGCGACAUGCGCCUGGACGACAGCGGGAACUACAUCUGCGAGGUGACCAACAGCUUUGGCUCCAAGGAGGUGACGGGCCAUCUCAAUGUCAUCGAGCCAUUGAGAGUGACUCUGUCUCCGAAGAAUUUGAAGACGGGCAUCAGCAGUACAGUGAUUCUGUCGUGUGCUGUGCAGGGUUCUCCCCACUUCACUGUGUCCUGGUACCGCAACACAGAACCUGUCCUCCCAGACCAGCACUUUUCCAUCCAGGGGGCCCAUAACGAGACCCUGUUCAUCUCCGCCGCCCAGAAGAGACACUCAGGGGCCUAUCAGUGCUUCGCCACACGCAAGGGCCAGACCGCCCAGGACUUCUCCAUUAUACUUCUGGAGGACGGAACGCCCCGAAUCGUGUCCUCCUUCAGUGAGCGUGUGGUGGUCCCGGGGGAGCCCUUCUCCCUCAUGUGUGCGGCCAAAGGCGCCCCUCCUCCCACCAUCACCUGGACCCUGGACGACGAGGCGGUGGCCAGGGACCUGUCCCGGGUCAGGACCAGCCAGUACACGCUGUCCGACGGCUCCACUGUGUCCCAUGUCAAUGUCAGCAGCCCGGAGAUUCGUGACGGAGGGGUGUAUCGCUGCGCCGCACGCAACUCGGCCGGUAGCGCCGAGUACCAAGCGCGCAUAAACGUAAGAGGUUCUCCCAGGAUCAGAGAUAUGCGUAAUAUCACGGCGGUGGCUGGAAGGAACACCUUUAUAAACUGCCGUGUGAUUGGUUAUCCGUACUACUCAAUCAAGUGGUACAAGGAGGGGCUUCUACUGCCCGACAACCAUCGUCAGGUGGUGUACGAGAAUGGCACUCUGAAACUAAGUGACGUCCAGAAGGGCAUGGAUGAAGGGGCGUACCUCUGCAGUGUGCUCAUCCAACCACAGAUCUUCAUCAGCCAGACCGUCUAUGUCACCGUCAAAGUGCCUCCUCUCAUCCAGCCCUUUGACUUCCCCCCCACCUCAAUUGGGAAGCUCAUGUACAUUGCCUGUGUGGUGUCCUCUGGCGACAUGCCCAUCCGCAUCACCUGGCGUAAGGACGGCCAGGAGAUCGUGCCGUCGUCCGGCGUCAACAUCGAGACCAAGGAGUACAUGAGCUCCCUGCAGAUCGGCAAGGUGUCACUGAAACAUAAUGGAAACUACACCUGCAUUGCAAGCAACGAUGCUGCCACUGUCAGCUCUGAGAGACAGCUUACUGUCACUGUACCUCCUCAGUUUGUGGUCCAGCCCAACAACCAAGACGGGAUCUAUGGCAAGGCAGGGGUCCUCAACUGCUCCGUGGAUGGAUACCCUCCUCCAAGAGUCAUGUGGAAACAUGCCAAAGGUAUAGGGAACCCCCAGCAGUACCACCCAGUGCCUCUGACUGGUCGGAUCCAGAUAAUGGGGAAUGGCUCGCUGCUCAUUCGCCACGUCCUGGAGGAGGAUCGAGGGUACUACCUCUGUCAGGCGUCCAACGGCGUGGGCUCCGACAUCAGCAAGAGCAUGGUCCUGACAGUCAAAAUCCCAGCUAUGAUCACAUCACACCCCAACACCACCAUGGCCAUUAAGGGUCAGAUUAAGGAGUUGAACUGCACAGCGAGAGGGGAGUGGCCAAUAAUCAUCCGCUGGGAGCGGGGUGACACAGUCAUUGACCCCGACCGCAACCCUCGCUACUCCAUCACCACCAGCCCCAACGAGAAGAAUGAUGAAGUGCUGUCUACGCUCAAGCUGAAGCCAGCAGAGCGUGGUGACUCAGUGUUCUUCUCCUGCCAUGCCAUCAACUCUUAUGGAGAGGGCCGGGGCCUCAUUCAGCUCACUGUGCAAGAGCCCCCUGACCCUCCAGAGUUGGAGGUGAGAGAGGUGAAGGACCGCAGUAUGAACCUGCGCUGGACCCAGAGAUUCGACGGCAACAGCAUCAUCACCAGCUACGACAUCGAGUAUAAGAACAAAACAGAUCCCUGGGAGCUGAAACAUGCCACUCGUAAGAUCUCGCCCACCAACAACCAGGCCAACAUCGUGGACCUGCACCCGGCCUGCGUCUACAGCAUCCGCAUGUACUCAUACAACAAGAUUGGACGUAGCCAGGCCAGCAAAGAGCUCACCAUCAGCACAGAGGAAGCACAACCCGACGGACCUCCUAUGGAAGUGACUCUUCAGCCGAUGACGUCACAGAGCAUCCGGGUUACCUGGAAGGCCCCCAGGAAGGAACUUCAGAACGGAGUGAUCCGGGGGUACCAGAUUGGCUACCGUGAGAAUGGGCCGGGCAGUAGUGGCCAGUACAGCAUCGUAGAGAUGAAGGCCACAGGGGACAGUGAGGUAUACACCCUGGACAACCUGAAGAAGUUUGCCCAGUAUGGAGUGGUGGUCCAGGCUUUCAACCGGGCCGGGACUGGGCCUUCUAGCUCUGAAAUCAACGCCACCACGCUGGAGGAUGUGCCCAGCCAGCCCCCACAGAACGUACGGGCCAUCUCGGUGACAUCAGACGAGGCGGUGAUCACGUGGGCGGAGCCCCCGCGCCUGACACUGCACGGUGUGCUGAAGGGCUACCGUGUGGUGUUCUGGUCGCUCUUCCCUGACGGAGGUGGGUGCUGUGGGGGCCCGGAAUACCCAGUCCCGCACGCACGCGCACAGGGCCCCGCACAGAAAUGGGGUGAGAUGCAGAACAUCACUACAGCUCGUGAGCAGGUGGAGCUGAGGGGUUUGGAAAAGUUUACCAACUACAGCGUCCAGGUGUUGGCCUACACCCAGGCUGGAGACGGGGUCCGGAGCAAUGUCCUGUACAUCCAGACACGCGAGGACUACCCUGGCCCCCCAGCUGGCAUCAAAGCAGUGCCUUCCUCCCCCAGUAGCGUGGUCGUUUCUUGGCUACCCCCACAAAAGCCCAAUGGAAUCAUCCGCAAGUACACCAUCUACUGCUCCAGCCCUGGGUCGGGCCAACCGGCCCCCAGCGAGUACGAGGCCAACCCGGAGCUGCUGUUCUACCGAAUCACCCAUCUGAACCGUGGACAGCAGUACCUCAUCUGGGCCGCCGCUGUCACCACCGCUGGGCGAGGCAACAUCAGCGACAAGGUCACUGUGGAGCCUGCUGCAAAGGCUCCAGCUAAGAUCCUAUCCUUUGGAGGCACUGUCAUCACUCCUUGGAUGAAGGAGGUUCGGCUACCCUGCAGCUCAGUGGGCGAACCCACUCCUACCAUCAAAUGGACCAAAGAAAGCGAUGACUCCGUCAUCCCAGUAUCUCUGGACGGUCAGAGGCUCAUCAUGGUCAAUGGCACCCUGGUCCUUCGUUCAGUGAAAGCGGAGGACUCUGGGUCCUACACAUGCACGGCAACCAACACGCUGGGUUUUGACACUAUCAUGGUCAACCUGAAGGUGCAAGUUCCUCCAGACCAGCCACGCCUGACCGUCUCCACCACCUCCACCUCCUCCAUCAUGUUGGCCUGGAUCCCUGGGGACAACGGAGGAUCUUCCAUCAGAGGUUUUGUUUUGCAGUACUCAGUGGACAACACAGAGGAGUGGAAAGACGUGUUCAUCAGUUCAAGCGAGAGGUCCUUCAAGCUGGACAACCUGCGCUGUGGUACCUGGUACAAGGUCAAACUGGCCGCCAAGAACAGCGUGGGAGCGGGACGCAUCAGUGAAAUCAUUGAGGCAAAGACCCACGGACGAGAGCCCCAGUUCAACAAGGACCAGCCAGUGUUCACCCACAUCAACUCCACCCACGCCAGGCUCAACCUGCAGGGGUGGGCCAGCGGCGGGUGCCCCAUAACGGCCGUGCUGCUGGAGUUCAGGCCCAAAGGGAACUGGGCGUGGCAGAACGUGCGCACCAACGCCACCUCUGACGUGUUCCUGGCCGAGCUCCGCGAGGCCACCUGGUACGAGCUGAAAAUGAAGGCCUGCAACAGCGCCGGCUGUGGGAACCAGAGUUCCCAGUUCGCCACGCUGGACUACGACGGCAGUACAAUCCCGCCCAUUAAGUCAGCGCGGCCUGAAGGGGAUGACGUUAAGAAGCUUUUCUCCAUUGGCAGCCCUGUCAUCCUGAUCAGCCUGGGCGUCGCCCUGCUCUUCAUCAUCCGCAAGAAACGCAAAGAGAAAAGACUUAAAAGACUAAGAGAUGCUAAAAGCCUAGCUGAGAUGCUGAUCAGCAGUAAGAACAACAGGAGCUUUGACACCCCAGUGAAGGGUCCUCCACAGGGCCCUCGGCUCCACAUCGACAUCCCCAGAGUUCAGCUGCUCAUCGAGGAUAAGGAGGGCAUCAAGCAGAUCGGUGAAGACAAGGCCACCAUCCCAGUGACAGACACCGAGUUCAGCCAGAACGUCAACCCACAGAGUUUCUGCACCGGUGUGUCCGUUCAUCACCCCGCGCUCAUACAGAACACGGGGCCACUGAUCGACAUGUCCGACAUCAGACCGGGAACCAACCCAGUGUCAAGGAAGGGCAUUAAGUCGUCGCACGGAACCAGGAACCGUUACUCCAGCCAGUGGACCCUGACCAAGUGCCAGUCGUCCACUCCUGCCCGGACCCUGACCUCCGACUGGCGGACAGUGGGCUCCCAGCAUGGCAUCACGGUCACGGAAAGCGACAGCUACAGCGCCAGUCUGUCACAGGACACUGAUAAAGGUCGUAACAGCAUGGUGUCCACAGAGAGCGCGUCGUCCACGUACGAGGAGCUGGCGCGGGCCUAUGAACACGCCAAGCUGGAGGAGCACCUACAGCACGCCAAGUUUGAGAUCACCGAGUGCUUCAUCUCCGACAGCUCCUCGGACCAGAUGACCACAGGCACCAACGACAAUGCCGACAGCAUGACCUCCAUGAGCACACCGUCUGAGACAGGACUGUGUCGUUUUACCGCCUCGCCGCCCAAACCCCAGGACUAUGACCGCGGAAAGAAUGUGGCAGUGCCCAUCCCUCACCGUGCCAACAAGAGCGAGUGGACAACCAAAAGUGAGUACUGUAACCUCCCCCUCUACAUGAAGACGGACCCCUUCUUCCGUAAGCAGUCGGAACUGCAUGACCCGUGCCCGGUGGUACCUCCCCGUGAAACCUCCAUCCGAAGCCUGGCCCAGCGGGCCUACCACACCCAGGGCCGCCACAUGACCCUGGAUUCCUCCAAACAGCAGCAGGCUCUGACUCUCGGCCACGCUGGCCUGGCCGGCAUCAGUGCCUCAGGGGGAGCAUCAGGGGGCGGCGGCAGCGGCGGCGGCGCCGUAGGAGGGUCAACAGGAGGAGCGUCUGGCGGUUCCAGCACCUCCUCCUUGCCUCAGAGGACUCUCGCCAUGCCCAGCUCCUCCUCCGCCCAGAGCGCCGGGGCCGCCGCCUCCGCAACCGCCGCUUCUGCCUCGUCCGGCGGCGGGGCGACCGGGGGGAACCAGAGCGGCACCGCCGCCAGAGAUGGAUCCAGAGACUCUCUCCUGGAGAGCAGCUCGUCGGGCCUGGGCAGACUGGACAGACAGAAGCAGGCAGCGGCCGGGGCCUACUCCAAAUCCUACACACUGGUGUAGCAGAGGCCGCUGGCGUAGCUCGCUGAAGCCUCGGGGAGGGUUAGGGCCACAGACACGUGUACGCAAACCUGACGCCUGCACAGUCAGGUCAGUGGCCGCUCGGGGGCCCCAAGGACCAGGGACACUCUGCAGGGGCCCGAACGGGGUCCUUACAGCACAGGGGUUUGUCGUCUUUCUGCUCAUUUGUUUUUCCACCGUUCUCUUCAUCUCUCCUGCUCUUUUUCUCUGUCAUGCUUCUUUUUGUUUGCCUGGAGUUGACUUGUCAAACUGAACAUAAUUUCUGUCAUUUUGUUUCUCAUUCUUUCUCUCACUCUCUCUCCAUCUCUCUGUUAUCUAUUAAGACACCCCAGAACUUAUGCACGAAAUACUUUCCAUGUGCACUUGUUUUCUUGAAUUCAGAACGGUAGGAUAAAUCAAGUUAUAAGAGAUAGUAGAGUUUCACAUAAAUCUGUCUAGGUGUUUUAGGACAUUUGAAGUGUUUCUUUUCACGUCUCUGAAGGGUUUCGAGGUCAGAGUUCAUCCAGCAGCGCAUUGCCACGGAAAGUGCUUAUGCAUAAACCAACAACCUUGGUGUUGGUCGCUGGCCCUCCAAUGCCAGCCUGGUACAGACUCAGACAGGUAACAGACUGUGGUUUCCUGGUAGAGACUCAAUGAUGUGGGAGUCUUGGGGAUUUCUUUUUCAUGCAAUUAAUGACACAGUAUAGAGUCUUUUAUAGGACAACACGAAACGGAGUGGAAAAAAAUAUCUAUCAGGAGUCGUCUUCACGCGAAUCUGAACAGUAUUUUUUUUUUCAUGUUUGUUUUUCUCUUUUUUUUUUUAUAAACACACACAAAGUCGUGUGCGCUGUAAGAGUGGAGAAUGGAUUCACGGAAGCUUCACGAGCCUGAGUGUGUGGAUGUGUGUAAAUAUAUAUGUAUCCACGUGAUGGACACACCUUCAGUGAACCUCUUUCAUCCGUCUGUAUGCUGACUCCUCGGAAGAUCCUCCUGGCCAUUGGUCACUUGGGAUGGGACUGUGGGAUAAGGACGGCACCGCUGUACAACGCUGGGGCGCCCGUCUCUUCCUUUUGGAGUUUGUUCGGCCGGUGUGAUUCACACUCGUAACCGUUGCCUUGGAUACGACAGGGAAGACGGACUGAGAGGAGAAUAGUGGGGUGGGACUGAACUUAGAGCGGGGGUUGAUUGGCUGCGCAGGUUCUCGUCUUGGACCUCUCUUGUUCUCUCCACCAGAUGGAAGAUGACUCUUCGGCCGUGUCAUUCAUUCUCCUGUAGUGCCAAACAUCCGUUCCUUCAUGCUGUCUACAUAAAGCCCUUCAUGCCAUGUCCAUUCCACCCCUCCACCAUCCAGCCUCCCAUACCCCACACUCCCCUACACCGAUACCCCACCCUCCACCAUCCAGCCUCCCAUACCCCACACUCCCCUACACCGAUACCCCACCCUCCACCAUCCAUCCUCCCAUACCACCGACCCUCCAUACCCCUACCCCCUCCA